AUGACGAUGACGGAGAAGAUCCUGGCGCGGGCGUCGGAGCGCGCGGCGCUGGAGCCUGGGGAGAACGUGUGGGUGGACGUGGACGUGCUCAUGACGCACGACGUCUGCGGCCCCGGCACCAUCGGCAUCUUCAAGAAGGAGUUCGGGGAGGACGCCAAGGUCUGGGACCGCGAGAAGGUCGUCAUCAUCCCGGACCACUACAUCUUCACCAGCGACGAGCGCGCCAACCGCAAUGUCCAUAUCCUCAGGGACUUCUGUGUGGAGCAGAACAUCAAGUACUUCUAUGACAUCAAGGACCUCAGCAAUUUCAAGGUGCCCCCUACUAUCAGGUUUGUAUUAGACGGAGAAAUGCCGCCUUAUUUACUUGCGAAGGAUCUGAUUUUGCAAAUUAUUGGUGAGAUUUCAGUAUCUAGUGCAACCUACAAAUCAAUGGAGUUUGUUGGAUCAACUGUAGAAAGUCUAACUAUGGAAGAGCGUAUGACACUAUGCAACAACAUGGUUAUUGAAGCUGGUGGAAAGAACGGUGUUGUGCCUGCUGAUGAAACUACAUUUAAAUACCUUGAGGGUAAGGCAUCGGUUGAUUAUGAACCUGUCUGCAGUGAUGCUCAGGCCAGAUUUUUUAGUGACUACCGUUUUGAUGUAUCAAAACUGGAGCCAGUAGUUGCCAAGCCACAUUCGCCUGACAACCGUGCUCUAGCAAGAGAAUGCAAAGAUGUCAAGAUCGACCGAGUCUAUAUUGGUUCUUGCACUGGUGGUAAGACUGAGGACUUCCUUGCUGCUGCAAAGGUGUUCUUAGCCUCGGGAAAGAAGGUUAAAGUUCCCACAUUUCUUGUCCCUGCUACACAAAAGGUGUGGAUGGACGUAUAUAGCCUCCCUGUACCAGGCUCUGGUGGCAAAACUUGCUCCCAGAUAUUUGAGGAGGCUGGUUGUGAUACACCAGCAAGUCCUAGCUGUGGUGCUUGUUUGGGUGGCCCUCGUGAUACAUAUGCACGGAUGAAUGAACCUAUGGUCUGCGUGUCUACUACGAACAGGAACUUCCCGGGCAGGAUGGGACACAAGGAAGGGCAGAUCUACCUGGCGUCUCCCUACACUGCAGCUGCCUCAGCCCUGACAGGGUACGUUACGGACCCCCGAGACUUCCUCAUGUAA